CCGCACGAGGGCAGGAGGUGCGCGCCGAAGCCCGGGCGGAAGCGGGUCUCGCAGCGGCGCGGCUCGGCGAAGCGCGGGGCGGGCCUUUAAAGGGACCACCUCCCCCCGAGCCCGCUCGCCGGCGUGGACUGCGGGCGGUGAAGCACUCCGCCUCCUCUCUGCCUAGUUGGCAUGCUCAGCCAUGGCCAGACCUCCUGCACACGGUUCGGUGAUUGUCCCAGACUGGCACGAGACCACUGAGGGCAAGGAGUACUUGGCCUGCAUCCUGCGCAAGAGCCGCCGUCGGGUGUUUGGGCUGCUUGAGCGGCCAGUGCUGCCCCCGCCUGUAGCCAUCGACACGGCCAGUUACAAGAUCUUCGUGUCCGGGAAGAGUGGUGUGGGCAAGACGGCACUGGUGGCCAAGCUGGCUGGCCUGGAGGUCCCUGUGGUGCACCACGAGACCCCUGGCAUCCAGACCACCGUAGUGUUUUGGCCAGCCAAGCUGCAGGCCAGCAACCGGGUCAUCAUGUUCCGCUUCGAGUUCUGGGACUGUGGGGAGUCCGCGCUCAAAAAGUUCGAUCACAUGCUGCCGGCUUGCAAGGAGAAAGCAGACGCCUUCCUCCUCCUCUUCUCCUUCACUGACCGUGCCUCCUUCGAAGACCUGCCUAGGCAGCUGGCCCACAUAGCAAGUGAGGCCCCUGGUGUUGUCAGGAUGGUCAUUGGUUCCAAAUUUGACCAGUAUAUGCACACAGACGUGCCUGAGCGGGACCUCGCAGCCUUCCGGCAGGCCUGGAACCUGCCCCUGCUUCGAGUGAAGAGUGUGCCCGGGCGGCGGCUGGCUGAUGGACGCACGCUGGACGGACGGGCUGGGCUGGCUGACAUUGCCCAUGUGCUCAAUGGCCUUGCUGAGCAGCUGUGGCAUCAGGACCAGGUGGCCGCUGGCCUGCUUCCCACCUCUUCAGAAUAUACCCCCAGCUGAGGGGUAGCAUCACAAGAGGACACUGGUGAUCCCCACUCCCAACCCUUAUGUGACCCAGGCCAGAGGGCAGGACCUGGGGCCUUCUGCUGGGGUGGAACUCUGACCCUCCUGAGGGUUGGCGGCACGGCCCACCGAGUGGUACUUUCUUUGCACAAUGCUUGGCAGUGAGGUGGGCACAGGACUCCAGGUGGGGCCCGGAGUUCAAUUGACUCCCCAGUCUCCUGCUACCCUUCCCCCUGCAGCACCCAUUAAGGGCGCUUGGGGUGAGGAGGGGGAGGGAGGCUGAGCAGGGCCUGGACGUCAUGUGCCUUCAGCCGGGCACCUUAUUAAUUAGUCACACAAUCUGCUGUAACAGACAAGCCCUGCAGCCUCAGUGGCUUAACUCUGUAAUAAAGUGUAUUUUCCUGCUUAGUUCCCACCUCAGGAGGGGGGAGGGGCCCGGUGUCUACUCCAUGUGCCCAUUCUGAGACCCAGGCCCGAGAUCCUGAGGUCCUGGGCAUCAACACCGCAGCCAGGGAAUGAAUGCCAGUGGUAAGUCACACAGUAGGUUCCUGGUUCCAGGUCUGGGGCGGGCACCUCCUUCUGCCCACAUUCUGUUGGCCAGCACCCAGUCACUUGGUCACCUGGAGCUGGGGGGCAGGCUGGGAGAUGCAGCCCACCCGAGGGUCCAGGAGGCAAUCCCUUCACUCGGGUGCAUUUCACAAAAUUGUCAGGCCAGCCCAAGAGUCAGAAAGCACC